AUGGCCUGGUCGAUAGCACUUCCCCGAGAGGUCUUUACCUCGCCAAUCCUUUCCGUCACGGCUCCUACCACGGUUGGAAUGUUGGUCGGCUACCUAGUCAACCGUGCAGGAAAAACCAAGAGAACCUACAAAUCACUUCAAAAGCCGGCCUUCUAUCCACCCCCAUGGCUCUUCGCACCCAUGUGGACGGUUCUCUACGGGGCCAUGGGAUACGCCGCUCACCACGCGACAGGAGCCGGACAUAGCGCCCUGACCUCCUCCACCGCUGCACAGAGCUUGGGUACGAAUUGGGAAACGCUUUACACAACACAGCUGGCGCUCAACUACCUCUGGAUGCCACUGUUCUUCGGGAUCCGUCGCCCGGCCUGGGCGUUGGCGGAUAUAUUACUCUUGGGAGGGAAUGUGGCGGCGCUGAUGCAGACCUGGUGGAAGACAGAUCGCACGGCCUUUUGGCUCAUGGUCCCCUACGCGGGGUGGCUCGCAUUUGCCACGUACCUCAAUGCCGGUGUGGGUGUCUUGAACAAAUGGACCAUCGGAGAAAAGCCAAAGGAUCAGUAA